GACCCGAGCCCAGACAGAGACAGCACUGUUCCUUUGAACAAACGGCCUCAUCACAGACACAGACCUUCAGACUGAUCAACAAGACCCAUCGGCGGUGACAAAUCUGAGACAGAUCUUCCCACAGCAGAGAUAAUGCCAUUCUGUACCGUCCUAGAGAAGUGUAAUGGUGGGGUGGUGGGAGCUGAGCUGGCCUGCAGCGUACGGGAGGAGAACAAGGCUCAUAGGGAGAGCUACAGCGCUGACUGGCAUAGUGUCAGUCUCAAGACUCAACCUCAGGACAGGCAGACAAUGAACAUGAAUGACGACUCUCGUAGGGAGACUCUGUCCCGGCAGUGGCAGGCCCGUUCCCUGAAACAGACCUGCCCCUCUGGUGUCUUCAGAGUGGGCACCGUGGAAAGAGGGGUGAGGGAGCACCAGCUGCUGCCAAAGAGAAAAACCCUCCCCCUGCCUAUCUUCACCCCGGCAGAGCUGGGUGUCAGGCUUGGACGUGGAGCCCCACACACAGAGGAGGACCUGCAGCCCUUCCCCACUCCAGACGGAGCGUGUCCCAGCAAGAGGAGUGUGCACGAGAUCACAAGAGACCUCCCCCCAGUCAAGCCAACCCUCAUGGAGUUCUUCAAAGGGCCCAGAGACCUGGGACGCUCCAUGUCUCAAGAGGCCCAGAGAGGGUGAAGAACACAAAGAGAAAGAUGGGAUGUUAGGGAGAGAUGAGAUGUGUCGAAUAGUCAUUGAGCUAUGUGUGUCGGGAAAGAGCAUGACAAGAUAUAUAUAGAAUAUUCUCUCAUCAAAAACCUGUAGACCUUUAGCACUAUCUGUGUCCCUGGGCGAGCACAGCACCCGUCAUUUUGGGCAUUUGGUGGUCAGUGGUAUUAGAGAUGGUUAUGUGAAGGCAUUGUGGUGGAGAGGCAGGGUGUGUGUUGUCAGCUGUGCCAUGGGCUGAUCUCUGCCUGUGCUUGCCAGCUGGCCUCAUAUCUGUUGAUCUCUCAUUUGAAUCACUGCAACACAACUAUCUCUGAACCACGCUGCGUACAAUUUAUUUUGUAGUGAGAUGCACAAAUAUCCUCGUAAAUUAAAUGAAAGUUCAUGGAUUAUAUCUGUAGUGGUGGUGGUGGUGGUGGUGAAGGGACGCAAUGAUGCAGAAUGUGACAGAUGGAAAAUGACGUGCAAAGGGAAAGAGGGAAGGGGAAAGGUGAGGGUCAGGGGUCAGGGGUCAGGGUACAUGCCUUGGAGUUGGUAAACAGUCUCUGUUUAGAGUACAAAAUGCUAUAUAUAUAUAUAUAUAUAUAUAUAUAUAUAUACAUAUCAUAUCUGAUAUAGAAUAACACAUACUAUUCUUUUAUUAGUUGAGGAUGCCUAGUGUUGUGAAUGAAUUUGAAAUGUGUGCAAUGAUGUCGAAAUAGUUUUCCUAGAUAUUUAUACUUUUCCUAAUAAAAGCUGAGCUUCUCUGAAACUC